UCGAGGCGAGAUUGCAAGGACAUGAAAACGCGGCAGCAAGGACAUCCCGAUUAUCCACGAUGAAGAUCACAAAACACAAGAAAACUCGUAAGUAUAUGAGUUUCUACAUCAACAAUUUUGGAUUCCGCGAACCCCUGCUCUGCCUGAUCGAUGGAAGCUUCUGCCAUGCGGCGUACAAGAUCCGGCUACAAAUCGAAGAGCAGCUGAAGAAGUACUUCCAGUGCGAAGUGAAACCGAUAGUGACGGCUUGUAUUAUUACGGAGACCGAUAAUCUGGGGGCCGGUUUCGUCGGCACCAGUCAGCUGUUGAAGCGUUUUCUGGUGCACCGGUGUGGUCACGAGAAGCACCCCAUCGACGGGUCCUCGUGCAUCAAGGCAAUCACGCAAACGUGUCGCUAUAUCGUCGCAACGCAGGACCGGGCACUGCAGCAGUGGGUCCGCUCGAAGCCGGCCAUCCCGCUGUUCUACCUGCACAACAGUUCCGUGCCAACGCUGGUGCAGCCGUCGGAAGCGAAUCGAAAUGCCGCCAACGAGGGACAGCGUAAUCGGGUGCAGGUGCGCACGUUGGAUCAACAGACUCUCACCUCACUGAAACAGAAGGAAGGCCUUGCCGUGGACGAGGCGAAAGUUGUGCGUAAGAAAAAGAAACCCAAAAACCCCAAUCCGCUUUCGUGCAAAAAGCCAAAAAAGAAGAAUCAGGCAGCGAAUAACAGUGCACCACAGCCGCCCAAAUCGGAAGGGGGAGUGGUGAAGAAGAAGAGCAGAAAACGCGUCAAAUUGGCCAAACACGUGGUGGAACAUUUGAAAGCUACCGUCGGUGGCCCCAAAUAAAAUGUAAAAUUUAACAGUAAA